AUGGCCGACGGAACUGGUGCUGACGCGGCAGCGCUGUGGGCGAAGGGCAUGUACCAAGCAGACCUUCCUCCAGACAUUGCGCGGUUCCGCCAUUUGCUCGAGACGUACAGCGGCAUCGCGCCCGAGGAUGUAGACGCGCAUCUCCAUGACAUCGUGAGACACUCCCUGGAGAGCAACGGGUCCCCUACGGUGGUUGCUGACGUCUUCACAUCGCAGCGCGACAAGGCCUGGGCCGUCGCCCGCUUUCCCUGCCUCGGCCGCUGGUCCUUCACGAACCUCUCCCUCGUCGACGACCCCGUCUUCCGCUCUGCCGUCGCGCGGCUUAAGGACCCGCGGUCGGGCGACGCCCUCCUCGACGUCGCAUGCUGCCUUGGGCAGGUCAUUCGGCAACUCGUCGCCGAUGGCGUGUCGCCUGCGCGACUGCACGGCACGGACCUGUCGCCCGCGUUCUUGGACCUCGGAUUUGAGCUCUUUCGCGAUAGGGAGCGCUUCCCUGCUGAUGCUUUUGUCGCGGCGGACUUGCUCGCCGACCCCGCCGAUGCCGCUCAGGGAGAGAAGCAGGAGGAAGGCGGGGAGGAUAGGGAGUCAGCAGUGGAUGCAGCACUGCGCGGCAAGGUAACGCUCGUGCACGCGGCCAACUUCUUUCACCUAUUCAGCUGGGAGGAGCAAGUCCGCGCCGCGUCGCGCAUUGUCUCCUUCCUGCAGCCGGGACGGACCGACGCGGUGGUCUUUGGCGCGCAGAUCGGGUGUCUGGAUCCGGCGCAGGCGGAGUUUAGACCGAUCCGCACCAGCACCAGCGGAAGCAGCAGCAGCAACGACGGCAGUACUGGCAGCAGCGGGAACAGCAGUGGCAAAGAGGUGAAGACGGUGCGGUACCUGCAUGACCCGGCGUCGUGGCAGCGGCUGUGGGACGAGGUGGGCGCUGCGACGGGGACGAGGUGGCGGGUGGAGGCGCAGUGGGUUGGCGGGCUGCCGUUUCGGAUCCCAGGGUUUCCGGAGAAGAGCUAUUAUCUCAAGUUUGCGGUAUACCAGAUUUAA